CUUGCGGCGGUCACUGUGGACUGAGCGCGGCGAUCCAUGGAGGCGUUUGAUCCUGCCGAGCUGCCCGAGCUGCUUAAACUCUACUACCGGCGGCUCUUUCCUUACUCGCAGUACUACCGCUGGCUCAACUACGGCGGAGUAAUAAAGAAUUACUUUCAACACCGUGAAUUUUCAUUCACCUUGAAAGAUGAUAUUUACAUUCGCUACCAGUCCUUCAACAACCAGAGUGAGCUGGAAAAGGAGAUGCAGAAGUUGAAUCCUUAUAAGAUUGAUAUUGGCGCUGUAUAUUCCCACAGACCUAGUCAGCACAAUACAGUGAAGCUGGGAGCUUUCCAGGCUCAAGAAAAGGAGUUGGUGUUUGAUAUUGACAUGACAGACUAUGACGAUGUGAGGAGAUGCUGUAGUUCCGCAGAUAUAUGUUCCAAGUGUUGGACCCUCAUGACAAUGGCCAUACGCGUCAUCGACCGAGCCCUGAAGGAGGACUUUGGAUUUAAGCAUCGUCUCUGGGUAUAUUCUGGAAGGAGAGGUGUUCACUGUUGGGUCUGUGAUGAAUCCGUUAGAAAAUUGUCUUCCACCAUACGUUCUGGGAUAGUUGAGUAUUUAAGUCUUGUAAAGGGUGGUCAGGACGUUAAAAAGAAAGUUCAUCUAAGUGAAAGGAUUCACCCUUUUGUCAGAAAAUCUGUAGACAUAAUUAAAAAAUACUUCGAAGAAUAUGCCCUUGUUGGUCAAGAUAUUCUUGAAAACAAAGAAAACUGGGAUAAGAUAUUAGCCCUUGUUCCUGAAACACUGCAUGAUGAUCUUCAACGUAAUUUCCAGAAGUGUCAUAGCUCACUUCAGCGUUGGGAGUAUUUGAAGAAAGUAGCCAGCGGUUAUCAGAGUAACAGCAAAAAUGAUAAAUGUGGGCCCUGGCUUGAGUGGGAGAUCAUGCUCCAAUACUGCUUCCCACGGCUGGAUAUCAAUGUCAGCAAAGGAAUCAAUCAUUUACUGAAGAGCCCUUUUAGUGUUCACCCUAAAACAGGUCGAAUUUCUGUGCCCAUUGAUUUACGGAAAGUGGAUCAAUUUAAUCCAUUUACUGUUCCAACCAUAAGCUCCAUUUGCCAUGAAUUGGAUGCCAUUUCUGUUAAUGAAGAAGAAAAAGAGAAAAAUGAAGCUGAGUCUGAAAUCAAACAUAGAACCCGAGAUUAUAAGAAGACGAGUCUAGCCCCUUAUGUGAAAGUUUUUGAACAGUUUCUUGAAAACUUGGAUAAAUCCCGAAAAGGAGAACUUCUCAGGAGGAGUGAUUUACAAAAAGACUUCUGAAGAAUAAAAAUGCCCCUCAAACUAAUAUGGACAUCUACCUUCAACCAAGAAGCACAUACUUCAUAUUUCCAUUUAAUGUGUGAAAAAACAUGGAUGUGCCUUAGUCCUCAAACAAAAUAUUCUUGAGAAAUAAUUAUAUUGAAAGUGUUUCUGAGACCACCAAAGAAUGUCAAGGUUGCUGGAAGAAAGACUAAUGGAAGGAAUUAGUGGAUUGUAGGUACAUUCAUAAAAUGUACUCUCAGGAAAAGAUAAUUCUAAGAUUUCUAAUCUAAAUAUUUAGUUGUACCAAUUGCCAUAGAGAGGGCUAAAUGAGUGGUAAUAGGCCCAAGACUUUUAACUUCAGCUCACUGGAUACAUACUCCAAAUUUCUAGAGUGAGUAUUAAAGGUUUUAAGCACCUGGAGUAUGUGUUCAGAAUUUCACUAAUUUUGCUGAUAUUUAUAUUGGUCAGGACACAUCCCACUGCCCAUUUUUAAAACUCACUUUAGCGGCCAGAGCAAUAGUACAGUGGGUAGGGCUUUUGCUUUCCUUAUGGCCAACCCAUGUUCAAUCCCCGGCAUCCCAUAUGGCCCCUCGAGCACCACCAGGAAGUGCCGACCCAGGAGUAACGCCUGAGCAUCAUCGAGUGUGACCCAAAAAGCAAAAGCAAAAAAAACAUUUUAAAUUUGGCAUCUACCUUCAAGACUUCUAGUAUUGUAUUGUACACUAGUAAUUAUUAGCUCCUAAUUUCCCUCAGAACUUUUGAAUUUCUCAUUCAAUGGUAUUGUAAAGAAUUUCUCAUUCUUGGGGCUGGAGAGAUAGCACAGCGGGUAGGGCGUUUGCCUUGCACGCGGCCG